AUGUUUAUUGCACUGAUUCCUAAAAAGAUUGCAGCAUCGAAGGUUAAGGAUUUUCGGCCUAAUAGUUUGAUGACUGGGGUCUACAAGAUAAUUUCUAAGGUGCUUGCAAAUCGCCUGGAGAAGGUAUUAGGAAAAAUCAUCACAAAACCUCAAAAUGCAUUUGUAAGGAGCAGACAAAUUCUAGACUCGAUUCUCAUCGCCAAUGAAUGCAUAGAUAGUAGACUAAAAUCCACCAAUACAGUUUUGGUGAAUGAGAGUCCAGUUGGUUUCGUCAACAACUCCCGAGGCCUAAGACAAGGAGAUUCAUUGUCCCUACUCUUCUUCGUUGUGGUUAUGGAGGCACUUAGUAGAAUGAUCUCAGUUGUGGUCCUUAAUGGCCUUGUGAUUGGAUUCUCGGUUGGUGACUCUAAUAGGGGUACUCUUACCAUUUCUCCAUUUGUUGUUUACACAUUAAUAUUUCGUGAGGCAGGCCAGAAUCAGGUUCAGGCACUAAAGGCACUUCUACUCUAUUUUGAAGCAGCAUCAAGUUGGAAAGUGAACUCUGACAAGUCAUAG